AUGGAUGUGAGGCACGUUGAAGGUUGCGAGUAUUAUGAAAGAGAAAGCGACAAGGGAUGCAAGGAGGAAAUUCAAAAAGUGAUGGAUAAGUUAAUAUAUGAACGGAAGAAAAAUUUCCAAGGACAAGAUAAGUAUUGUCAAAAUUCAUCGGUUAGCAUUUGUCCAAAUGUGUAUUGCAACAUUUACACAGAUUUAUACAACUGGUUUGGUUUUAAAAAUUGUAAAAAAAUAGAUACAGAAUCAUUGAACACUUGUUUUACUGAUAUAACGAAUGGAGGAGUGGGGUAUUAUGAAAAACUUAUUGUUUUAGGAGGGAGGAUAUUAGAAUUAUAUAGUGAAUUACAUUUUUAUAAUAAAUACAAUUAUGAAAAGGAUGAAGAAAUUGUCCAAGAUUUAAAAAAUCUGAAAUCAAUUAAGGAAGUUGUAUUUCAUUAUUUAUAUGUUCAAAAGAGAAAAAAUCGUGUAAUAUAUAAAAAUAGUGUAUACUUAUUUGGUUACUCGUAUUUAUAUACUCCUUUAUUUUUUAAUAAUAAAAAUGCUAUAAUAAAAUAUGUCAAGGCUUGUAUAGCAUAUGCAGUUAAAUUUAGUGGUUCCAAUAUUUUUGCUUGGAUGCCAACCCUAAUUGAGCAUAUAUAUCACUCUCAAAAGUUAAAGGUCUCAGACACAGAACAGGAGAAUGAGCUCAUACAAGAUUUGCAGGAGUAUUUGGGUUAUGAGUUUGAUUAUAUCUUACCUAGAAUAGCAGAAUGUUUCGGUUACCACAAUUUGUACAUAACAACUUCUCAACUUACCGGGGUUCAGAUAAUUCGAAUUUUUGCAAAUGAGUACUUUUCCCUCAUGGCAGAUGAUGUGAACAUAGGGGGGAAGGAAAAAGCCACUUGGGUAAGAGAAGAAACAGAGGCCUUUUUAAAAUCAAAUUGUUUAGAGAUAUUUAGCGGAUGUAUGUUAUCACUGAGCAAAUAUUUGAAUGAGAAAAAUGUAAAGAUAGGUAAAAUAAGAAAUAUAUUUGAAAUGAUAUUAUCAUCUUGUUGGGUAUUAGGAAAGGAGAAAAAAAAUAAAGUGUGGGUAUGCGCAUUAAUACAAAGAUUAAGACAAAUUCAAUUACUAACUCAAAUUACUACCAUUGAAAAAUGGUCUCAUAAUAUAAAAAAAUAUAAUGAUAUGAACAUUCAUAAUUUUGUAAAAGACAUAUACAAUUUUAAUGACAUAAAUGGUAGUAUCCUAUCACCAUUUCAGUUACAAAAUGUAAAUAUAUAUCUCCCUCCAAAAGAAACGCCUUUGCAGAAAAUUCCUUAUUAUACCACAUUAGCAGAUAAAUAUAAAGAUAGGUUCCCCCAUUGUGAAAAUGUGAAAAAUGACUCAAGAACACCUUGGGCAGAAAAAAAAAUAAAAAAUAAAUAUAGCUCUCCAAUUUACGAUGUUUUAAACAACAUCACAAGUACUAUAUAUAAGGGAUUUAGACCUAGACGUCCAAUGAAUAAGGGAUCCUCUGCCUCCAAUCGCUUAGUCUACAUGAACAGAGAUGAUUCCCUUGCAGAAAUGAACUACCACAACCUUAAGGCCAGCGUUUCAUCAGAUGAAUCCACGAGAUAUGACACCACCCAUGAUCUGGACGUUGCAGAUGAAGAUGAAGAAGAUGAAGAAGCGGGUGUGGAUGAAAAUGAAGGGGUCUUUGAGGAAGACGACGAGGAGAUGAUGAUGAUGAGGAUGAAGAAGAAGUUUAGAACUCAUAAAAGAGAUCAAGUAAGAACUGAAAAAAACGGGAAGAGUGGAAUUCCCGUAAAAAUAAAAUACAUUAAAGAUACAACAGAUGAUCAAAACUCAAAAUAUGUCAUAGAAAUACCUAAACGGGACUUGGCCAGAGGAGGAGAUAAAAAUCAUAUAAGAGCUGUUCUCUGGGGAAACAGUAAAAAGGGUCUAGAAAUAAAACUUCCAUCCGAGAGUGACAUAAUGCCUCAAAUGAAAAUUAAAUGA